AUGGCAGCGUCCCUGGGUCGUUGUCUGCUUGUGUCUCUAUUUGCUCUAUCGCAAUGGAGUCCCAAUUCCCUCGUCGCCGCUUCACCUCGUCCCCAUGCCCAACCCAAUGGUGAGAGCAACAUUGUCAAGCGGGCAGUUCCGUACGGCGAGUUGAUCUACGGUUGCGAUGUUCCCGGGGUGAUUGCUCCGGCCUUUGAUGAUGGGCCGUGGAUUUACACUGAGGAUAUUCUGGAUCGGAUGGAAGCGGCCAACUUCAAGGCGACGUGGUUCAUCAACGGGCAGAACAAGGACAAUAUCUACAAGUAUAACGCUACGUUGAAGCGGAUGAUUGCUUUGGGGCAUCAGAUCGGGUCGCACACCUGGUCCCACAAAGACCUCGCGACCCUCACCCCCACCGACACCGCCCUCCAAAUGACCCAACUCGAAGAAGCCCUCGUCAACAUCCUGGGCUACAUGCCGACCUACAUGCGCCCGCCCUUCCUCUCCUACAACCAAGCCGUCCUCGACGUCAUGCGCGACCUGCAAUACGUCGUCAUCAUCGGCGACCUCAACACGCGCGACUGGGCGUACCAGUCAGCCACGGAGAUCGAGAACGCAAAGCAGCUCUUCGUCACCGGGCUCGAUCAGGGCUUCACUAUCGUCGAGGCGCACGACCAGGAGGAGUGGACGCACGGCGUGCUGAUCGAUUUCAUGAUUCAGACGGUGCAGCAACGGGGCCUCGUUACGGUGCCCGUGGGCGCGUGCAUGGGGCAGAGUCCGAGUGAGUGGUAUAGGACGGCGAGGGCGCCGCCGCCGAGCGGGACUGUAGGAAUCCCCCUUUUCCUUUGCUCUUUUUUCUCCACUUCUCCCUUCUUCGGUUUUAGCUUUCUAUCUCCUUUGACCUGCGGAAUUCAAGGCUAA